CAUACCAUAUAUAAACACUUAUGUAACCAAUGACUGACAUGCUUGUAUUACUGAGAAAUAUAUAUAUAUAAGCCGAAACUGGUAAAACCAGUAUGUCAUAUCCACUUUUGUGGUUUGUAUCAUAGGAGGAACGCUCACAACAAUCAGCUGCUGAACAUGCAUGACACUUUUCAUUUCUAACACAAAUGAAUCAACAAGAAAAUGCUUAUUCUUUUGUAUCUGUUGUUAUGUUUGAAAGCUGUCAAUGCAGGCUCUCACUUACUGAUGUAUUUUGCAACAUAUAUAAUUGGACAGACACCUUUUCCAGAAUUCACAGUUGUGGGAAUGGUUGAUGAUGUGCAAGUAAGGUACUAUGACUCAGUUACACAGAAAGCUGUAAGUCACUCUCAGAAUGAUUCCAAACACUAUGAUGAAGAGCAAAAUGAUGACGUUGUUAUAUUUCGUGAUAUGUACUACGACUUGAAAGAUCGAGCAUAUUAUCUGAAGGACAAUCUAAAUCUCUCUGAUGGUGUACAUGUACAUCAGAGGCUUGCUGGAUGUGAAUUGUUGGAAAAUGACAAACCGGGUCUAGUUUACACAUGGGAUGCAUUCAAUGGUCAAAUGAAAGAGUGGGGUACCUUUGACGCAGAGACAAAAAAAUUACAGAUUAACUUGUCAUUAAUACGUGGAUGGGACCAGCACAGAAGUAUUUAUGUAAAUUUUCUGUAUGAAAACAUUUAUCUUCCUAUUUGCCUGAAGAUAUUGAGGAGGAACUUGAACAUGAAGAAAAGCAGCAUUCUGCAAAAAGUGAAACCUAGAGUCAGACUCCUACAAAAGGUGCUUGCAGCAUCUCAUGAGGUUCAAAUCACAUGCCUGGUGACAGGUUUUUAUCCCCGCGACAUUAACCUGACCCUGGUCAGAGAUGGUCAGGCUGCUGUUGAUGGAAAAAUCACAGGAGGAUAUCCUCUGCCCAAUGGAGAUGGAACAUACCAGAUAAGGAAGAGUUUGGUUGUCAGUGUUAAGGAACUACAUGACAGACAUAAUUACAGCUGUGCAAUAAAUCACCCAAGUCUGGACAACACACUGGACAUUAUGUUUGACCUGGAAGAAACUGCCCUGGGAUCAUCAACUUUGUCCGUGGUUACCAGUACCUGUUUGGUGGUGUUAAUAUGGGUGUCUCUUAUAAUAACUGGUCUGAUCAUAUGGAAGAGGAAGAGACAUUCUGCUGGACCAGACUUCAGAACGUCACAGAGUGAUUACUCCCCUACUCCAACACAAGAUACAUGAAAAUUGGCCUACAUAUGGCCUCAAAUUACAAAAUAUUUAACAUAUUCAUAUAUUUUCUUCUAUAUGAAGCAAAUAAUAUAAAGUCCUCCUGUUACACUGGUAAAUCUUUAUGCCCAUUGCACCCUAUUUAAAAUGGUUAUAAGGGUUCACUGGGCAAAAAUGCAGAUUUUAUUUCCCUCUUAACCACUAUGGCACAAGACCUCACCACAACACUGUCCUUAACAUUCAUGUUUCACUGGGCCUGUCCCAAUACCCACACUUACGGUCUUUAUCAUUUGUCUACUUACAUGACAUAUUUUCAGUAUUUGACCCAAGUGUUCAAGUGGGUGUGAAGACCACAAGCAGGUGUAGAACAUUUGAUUUUGUGAUGGGACACUCUUGGUGUUAUAAAAAUGCAAGUAAAGAUUUUACAGAGCCGAAGUGUUUCCUGUGCCAUGUUUGUAGUCAGUUUGUAGAUUUUCUACUUGAUUAGUCUACCCAGGUCUGGUGUCUUGUUAACUAGUUAUCUUGUAAAGCUCGUUACCCUUUGUGUAUACAUAGCCCUUGUGUUUCCCGUGUUACUUUGGCAGUUGUUGAAUGAUAUAGUUUCUAUUCUGCUGUAUAUUUCUGUUCUUUGUUCCCAGUGUUCCUCGUUAUUUGCUUACUUUGCCACUAUAUUAAAUACCCUGUAUUUAGAUCCUCA